AUGGCUCGUACAAAAACCAAGGCUCAAAAAAGGAAAAUCCCUAACUCCUCAUGCCAGCCUACUGCUGAUGUCCCAUCGACUAGUGGUCGAAGUGAAAAUGUUCCUGACACCAAUGUUGCUGCUGCUUCUUCUGCUCAAAAGAAAGAUAGCAAGAGGGCCCGAGGGGAAAGUAGCAAGACCCCCUCGAAGAAGGAUCGAACAGACGAUGUUCCAGCCACUACCCCUUCCAAGGAGAACUCACCACCUCCACCUUCCUUCAGGCAGGCGACUCCCACUCCUGCUGAUCCACAACCUUCUUCCAAGGCUCCUGAAAAAGAGGCAUUGGAUACUCGGCCUGAAGGCUCCCUGCCCAGCCUCGUAGUCAGCUCAGCUAGGGAGAGGAUAUACAAGCUCUCCAAGCACAAACGCAGCCAGGCAGCCAUUACUGAAACUGCCUCCAUGGAGGUUGAUCAUGUCGUCAACAGAGGGCUGAAUGAGAUAGUCAGCUGCGCCAUCAGGCUGGAAGAAGAAGAAAAGGCCAAAGUGCCCGCCUCUCCAGAGAUCUCCCUAGCAGGGGGGAUUGAUGGUGCUGAUACUGAAGCUGGUCCUUCGGCCGACCAAGGCACUCCUCCCAACCCUUAG